GAAGGGUCACCCUCAAAGGGCUGCUUGCUCAUCUGCCUGGGGACUCAGAACAUACAUGACUCAUGUCAUUUGGGCUCAGACAAAUGCCUCCCCAGGAAGCCCCAGGAUCCUGGCACUACUAGGCGCACACUGAGCCCCUGAUGUCCCUAACCCUUUACCAGCACCCCUGGGCCCCACAGAAGCAGCCAACAUGCCCAUCUCCAAGUGCUUGCAAAAGUCGGAGCCCCUGUGGAAGGGGUGGGACCGGAAAGCCCAAAAGAACGGCCUGAGGCACCAGGUGUACACUGUCAGUGAUGACUGCUAUGUGGGUGAGUGGAAGGACAACAUGAAGCACGGAAAAGGAACACAGAUCUGGAAGAAGAAAGGAGCCAUCUAUGAGGGAGACUGGAAGUUUGGGAAGCGGGAUGGCUAUGGCACCCUCAGCUUUCCUGACCAAGAGAUGGGAAAGCCCAGGAAAGUAUACUCUGGCUGGUGGAAAGACGAUAAAAAAUCGGGCUAUGGGAUUCAGUUUUUCGGACCCAAGGAGUAUUACGAGGGUGAGUGGUGUGGCAACCAGCGAAGCGGAUGGGGCCGCAUGUACUACAGCAACGGCGACAUCUACGAGGGCCAGUGGUUGAACAACAAGCCGCAUGGGGAGGGCAUGUUGCGUCAGAAGAACGGGAACCGCUACGAGGGCUGCUGGCGGAGAGGCAUGAAGAAUGGGUCAGGCCGUUUUUUCCACCUGGACCACGGUCAGCUGUUUGAAGGCUUCUGGGUGGACGACGUGGCCAAGUGUGGCACAAUGAUCGACUUUGGACGCGAUGAGGCCCCUGAGCCCACCCAGUUCCCCAUUCCUAAGAUCAAAAUUCUAGACCCUGAUGGCGUGCUAGAGGAAGCCUUGGCCAUGUUCAAGAAGACAGAGGAAGAUUGAUGCCAGAGGGCACCCCAGAGCUUCCGGAGAAAUUCAGGCCCGUCACCCAACUGCUCAAACUGGUGUGGCUUCUGCAGGAGUUGAGUGGUGACUCGGGGCACACCCUUGGCACCCUCUGAGGGCACCUCACUCUUCCCAGCACUGGAUUAUUCUCUCCCCAGCUGACUUUGGGGACCCUCUUGUUACAGUCUUCAUUCUUGGU